AUGUGUAAGAAGCUGGUCUUUGCAAAUUCUAGUGUGGCUAUGCAGAGCACAGGAGGAAAAUCUACUUCCUUUGCUGCUGGCUCCGCCCUGUUGGGCAGCUGCCAAAUUGCGUUGCUAUCUGUUUCGUUGAAAUGUCCAGCUCUGUGCGCUGACAGCUCAGCUGUUGUGAAAAUCAGCAGGGGACACCGAGGCUGUGAAAACAUGGGUUCUUCUGGAAGCCAACCUGUCCGGGAUCCUGAGCAAAAACCCAGAACUGAGAAACGUGAAGCAAUACCCCUCCCUUAUCCAAUUCCUUAUGUUGCCUCUAUCCCAGGGGGUCUGCAGCCAUCCAGGGUCAUCACUGUGUCAGGCACUGUGCUCCCCAAUGCUAAGAGGUUCCAUAUCAGCCUGCAUGCUGGGACUGACAUCGCCUUCCACUUGAAUCCUCGAUUCAGUGAAAACACUGUGAUCCGAAACUCUCGGAUCAAUGGCUCCUGGGGGCCAGAGGAGAAAAGCUGGCCUGUAAACAUGCCCUUCAUCCCAGAACACAGCUUCAAGGUGGAGAUCAUAUGCAAAACAGACCGCUACAAGGUGACCGUGGACGGCCACCAUCUGCUGGAAUACACCCACCGCCUGAAGGAUCUGCCUGCCAUCAAUGCCCUGGAAGUAGCUGGUGACAUCAAGCUUACUGGUGUGCAAGUCUAGGUGCACUCAAGAGCCCGGAGAAGGGCUGGGGACAUGGCGAUCUCUGUCCCCUCCCUGUCCUCUUUCCUUCUCAGCCCAGCUUCUGAGCUCUGCCAGUUGAGCAGAUGGUGCCCUGAGGUGGGACACACAGGUGUCCUCCAGGUAACUCCCUCCUUGCAGUGAGGGAGCACCUGAGACCUCUUGGUCCAGCCCAGGCCCAUUCUGCAUAAGGAUCUCAAACACUUUCCUGUCCUCUGUGCAGCCCCAUGCUAGUCCCAAGCCCCAGCUGUGCACCGCAGGGACUGGGGCCCUCCACAACCCCCAUUCCUGUGACCUUUACCUUCCCUCCCUGGCUUUGCACCCUGCUAUGACACUGCUCCAUCUGGGGAGGCUACCGGGUGAUAUCCUGCUGGCUUCCACCCACUGAGCAGAACUUUCUCAGCAGUGGGCUCUUCCCUGUCCUGGCCUCCUUAAAAUAAAGAAAAACAAAUGCUGUUAUUGUUGGCACACA